AUGCUGGCUCGGACAAUCAUCUGGCGUGCCGGACGCGAGGCCCUGUUUCAGUUGCAUCGAAGAACGUAUGCCUCGACCGCACUGACUCCGAAGCAGAUCAAAAUCGUCAAAUCGACCAUCCCCGCACUGGAAGAACAUGGAGUCGAAAUUACGACGCUCUUCUAUCGCCAACUGCUCGACAAACACCCGGAGCUCAGGAACAUCUUUAACACGGCCCAUCAGGAUACAGGCGAGCAGCCAGCCGCCCUUGCGCACGCCGUAUGGGCAUACGCCGUCAACAUCGAGAACCCAGACGCCAUGAAGACAGCCAUAUCUCGCAUUGGACAUAAACAUGCCAGCCUGGGAGUCACUGCGGACCAGUAUUCGAUUGUCGGCGAAGGGCUGCUCUCGGCGAUCAAGCAAGUCCUCGGGGACGGAGUCAAUUCACAGGUCAUGGACGCUUGGGACGCUGCAUACUGGCUGCUCGCCGAGUACUUCAUUACGUUUGAGGAAGGCCUGUAUCGCGAGGCUAUGGCGACACCCGGCGGCUGGAAAGGAUGGCGCAAAUUCUUCAUCUCUGAUAAAGUGCAGGAGAGUGAGAAGAUCAUCUCCUUCCAUCUCACGCCAGCCGACAAGGGAGCUUUACCAUCCUACAAGCCUGGCCAGUUUGUCAGCAUUCGAUGCUUUGUGCCUGAGCUCGGGACAUACCGCAUACAUGGGCACUUUCGUUCGUUCGUUCGUUCGUUCGUUCCGUUUAAAACGUUUAUGCAUGUUAAAUCGUUUAACCGUUUGAACGGUUAA